AUGAAAGACAGUAGAAGAAUGCAGGAAACUAAUGAAGAAGUGAACAAUCUAUUGACAAAGAUCAUCAAUGGCAAAGUAAAAGUUUUGAAAACAGGAGAGAGCCACAAGGAUUUACUAUCCCUGUUAUUAGAAUCCUUCUACCAAGAUCAAGGAAAGAUAACCAUUGAUGAUAUCAUUGGACACUGUAAGGUAUUCUACUUUGCUGGGCAAGAGACUGUAGCAGUUUUGUUGACAUGGGCGAUGGUCGUAUUAAGUUUGCACCCAGAAUGGCAAGUCCGUGCAAGGGAAGAGGUCUGUCAAGUCUUUGGGAACGAAAAGCCACAUUGGGAUGGACUAAACCAACUCAAAAUCAUUCCCAUGAUUUUGUUGGAGGUGCUUAGACUAUAUCCACCAGCACCAACGCUCCUUCGGUUUACCAACAAAGACUUUAAACAUGGAGAUACAACUCUCCCAGCUGGAGUACAAAUUGUAAUACCUACAGUCCUUUUUCAUCAUUCUAGUGAAUUCUGGGGUAAAGAUGUAGAUGAGUUCAAACCAGAGAGAUUCUCAGAAGGAGUUGCUAAAGCUACAAACAAUCAAUUUUUAUUCUUCCCAUUUGGUGGGGGCCAUCAGAUAUGCAUUGGGCAACAAUUUGCCAUGGUUGAAACAAAGUUGGGUUUGGCAACUAUUCUACAAUGUUUCGCAUUUGAGAUUUCGCCAUCCUAUACUCAUACUCCUGCCAACAUUAUUACACUUCGUCCACAACAAGGUGUUCAUCUCAAAUUACGUAGAGUGUCGCAUCAGCUGCACUUUGAUGCUUUCUUUGGUCUGCUCACAAAAUACUGUGUGAGCAAGUAUGACAGUAUUGUGCAGUCAUUGCUUAUGCAAGCACCACCAAAUACAGCAGCUAUUGGAGCAGAGGCAGCCAGGGCUAUUAGUAAAGAGAUGCCAGUGGAGCUGUUAAGAGCGAGUCUUCCUCACACUGAUGACCACCAACGAAAGCUUUUGGUGGAUUUCGCUCAGCGCUCCAUGCCUGUCACUGGAUUUAAUGUCCAUGGUGGGGGCAGUGGUGGUCACAUAAAUUCUGAAUCGGUGCCAGGUUAA